AUGUGUGUGUUUACAGAGCCAAAUCGAAAUGAUGGCAUGGUGAUUCUGGUGGACGACCAGGUCUGCUACGGUUGGUCAUCAACUGAACGACCUGAUUAUGUCACAGACGUCGCCUGCCGACAGCCACUAUCAGGAACCUCAGUUACCAUACGGACACCACAAGAGUUUCUGACUCUCUGUGAGGUGCAGAUAUUUGUUUGCAGUGACGGCUGGUUUGGCGACAACUGUGACAAACGAUGUCACUGUCUGGAUAACAAGGAAGUAUGUGACAAGAUCACUGGACACUGCUCUAGCGGAUGCAGUCAUGGAUUCCUCGGCGCAAAUUGUCAGACACCCCGCGCCAUAAAUACUGACCAAGGACCUUCUAGUCCCAUAACUUUAGCAGUUGCAAUUUCAUGUGGAGUUGUCAUAUUGAUCAUUGUGCUGGUGGCUUCUCUGUGGAUCAGAAGGCUGCAGAUGAAAAUCAAAGCGUUAGAAACGACACGUGAUGAACCGUACGCCUCUCUGGAUCAGACCACAGUGGAACAAAUAUCAGAAACUUGUUAUACAGAGAUGGCUGAGGACAGAUAUGAUGCUAGAUAUAUCAAUUCAUCAGUGCGAUAAAUACUCUGAAACAACUUCAAUGAAUGUUGAAUGGAUCCACAAUAAUCGCUUAUUCUUAACCAAAGCAUGCAGUCUUUACUCUACCCUUGUUCUCUGUCUGUGUUGCUUCCACUUUAUAGCGUAAUAGCAACUUGUUACAAAUCUCUGCCAACAGCAGGAUCGACUGUACGAUUCCGAUAUACCACGGGCUGGCAUGUAUAUAAAAAUGAAACACUAUCAAAUGGUAAUAAUGCUUAAAGCAUGUACAGCAAGUUCAACUGUUCACCCGAAAAAGGAUACAUACAAAACGACGUAUGUCAGGCUUAGGUUGUUUAUGCAUAAAACAAAACAAAACAAAAAAACAACAGCAUCAAAACACAACAAUAGACAAAAGUAUUUUCUUCCUCAAUUGGCUGAUAUGAAUCAUGUUGAACUAUUUUUAUUAUUUGCG